AUGGCUCCCAUCCCCAACAUCAAGCUCAGCAGCGGCUAUGACAUGCCCCAGGUGGGCUUUGGCCUCUGGAAGGUCGACACGGCCGUCGCUUCCGAUGUCGUCUAUAAUGCCAUCAAGGCCGGAUACCGCCUCUUCGACGGCGCAUGCGACUACGGCAAUGAGGUCGAGUGCGGACAGGGCGUUGCCCGCGCCAUCAAGGAGGGGCUUGUGAAGCGGGAGGAGCUCUUCAUCGUCUCCAAGCUGUGGAACACGUUCCACGACGGCGAGCGCGUCGAGCCCAUCGUCAAGAAGCAGCUAGCCGACUGGGGCCUCGAGUAUUUCGAUCUCUAUCUGAUCCAUUUCCCCGUCGCCCUCGAGUACGUCGACCCCGCCGUCCGCUACCCCCCCGGCUGGCACUAUGACGGCGAGAGCGAGAUCCGCCCGAGCAAGGCCUCCAUCCAGGAGACGUGGACAGCCUUCGAGAGCCUGGUGGCAAAGGGCCUCUCCAAGAGCAUCGGCGUGUCUAACUUCCAGGCCCAGCUGAUCUAUGACCUGCUGCGCUACGCCAAGAUCCCCCCUGCCACCCUCCAGAUCGAGCACCACCCUUACCUCGUCCAGCAGGAGCUGCUCAACCUAGCCAGGCAUGAGGGCAUUGCCGUCACCGCUUACAGCACUUUCGGCCCCGCCAGCUUUAGGGAGUUCAACAUGACGCACGCCUCCAAGCUAGCCCCCCUUCUCGAGGACUCCACCAUCAAGUCCAUCGCCGACAAGCACGGCAAGGACUCGGCACAGGUCCUGCUCCGCUGGGUCACCCAGCGUGGCUUGGCGAUUAUCCCCAAGAGCAGCAGGCAAGAGACCAUGGUGGCCAACCUGAACAGCCUCGACUUUGACCUUACUGAGGAGGAAAUCGCCCAGAUCUCUGCCUUUGACAGAGGCAUCCGCUUCAACCAGCCGUCCAACUAUUUCCCCACUGAGUUCCUGUGGAUCUUUGGCUAAAUGGCUGAGCCAAGCGAGAGGACCCAAUCCACCACUGGGCCCCUCCAUAAAAACAAGACAGAUCCACAGCAGCAGGACCAGAAGUGCGACCCCGCUGGUUCGCAAUGAUGACUGCUCUCUGACGAUGCAACUGGCAUGAGAUGAGGGUUGGGAAACCAGAAAGAUGCUGCUGGGGCUCCUUCUCUACUCCCCAAACGAGGGACAGACAACACCAGCAGCAGUCCUCUUUUUUUUUUUUUUGGACGCGUAGUGGAGCGAUAACUACCUAACGACUUUGUUUUCUUGUAUUGCCGAGAUGACGAUCUCAUGUCUUUUUUUUAAUAUAUACAUUAUAUAUCAUGAUGCAUGGCAUGUUGUGUGGGAAUAGUUGCCAUAGAGUAUAAUCCACUCGUCUGUCC